AUGUCGCAGCACGGCGGCAGAAGCAAACAUUCCAGUUCGUUUCGCAUAUCAUAUAGAUAUUACAACUUGGAAGAGGAUGGGGAGGAGGAGGAGGAGGACUGUGGCUUUGAAGAAGCAGUUUCUCUUUUCAACAAGAGGGAAUACUACAAGUGUCAUGAUGUUCUUGAAGCUCUGUGGGUUAAAGCAGAAGAGCCCAGUAGAACUCUUUACCAUGGGAUUCUUCAAUGUGCUGUGGGAUUCCAUCACCUCUUCAACCAGAAUCAUAAAGGAGCAAUGAUGGAGUUGGGAGAGGGACUCUGUAAGCUGAAGAGGAUGGAUUUUGAGAGUGGACCUUUUCGUCAGUUUGAGCAGGAGAUUUCUGCGGCCCUUGAUUUCGUUUAUCAAACACAGAUUGAGCUAGCUGCUUGUGGAGAUGAUCUGUGUUUGGCAAUGGAUCAAUCAGAGAGAUCAUACCAACUUCUUGGAGCCUAUGCAGCUGGGCAGCAUUUGUAUAGGCUGCAAACUGACCCUAACGAUGGUACAUACGUAGUUUUCUGUCCUCAGAAUUCUUAUUCUGGUGAGCCACCAAAAGUAAAGCUUCCAGCCCUUAAUGCUACAAAGGAUCAUCUUAUAGCCUAUGAAUUUAAUUAA